AUGCAUCCGAUCGAGUUCGCCGUCGAGGGGACAGGGACGUUGCUCCUCUACGCUCUCGCUGCCAUGAACGGCGGUCCCUUCUCGUCCGACCCAGUGGUGCAAGAAGACUACAUCUCGCCUCUUCCCGAUGCUCUGCGUUGCAGCCUCAUGGCCGUCCACGCAUCCGGCCGAUCGAAGCACAGCGCCAGCCCGUGGCGCCCUGAGAUGGACGCUUACGUGCUAUUACGCCAUGUCCGCGACAAAAUCUCAUUGCCCAAGGUGGCACAGCAGUGGCCAUUUCCACCACCUGCAAAAAAGUCGCGUGCAGUUCAGCUUCGGUGGCAUAAUGUGCUGAAAGGUCUCGCCGGAUUUGCCUUGAAAAUUCUUUUUGUGCGGUGUGCGCCCGUGACCUGCAUCUGCUCCGCCUACUUCUGCUCCUUUGUCAUGCUCGCCCUCGCUCUUCUCGCGGCGCACUCCAACCCCGCCUCUCGCUCCCGUCCGCGGCGCGGGGAGGCACUCAUCGGCACGCGCAACCGCACCGCCUUCUGCAUCAAGCUCCCUACCGACGGCGACGCGCCGGCGCCUGCCCUCGCGGCGUCUGCCUCGCGCAAACCCGACAAGGCCGCGGAGCUCCUGCUCCACCAAGACGUCCUCGGGGGUGGGUGGGCGCUGUUCGGUGUCCGGCCGGACGCCACCUUCCAAACCGGUUUCCAGCCGACCUUCUCUUACCCUUUCAACCUCUCCAAGUUCAGCGGCGCCGCCUCACGCGCCGCCGGCCGCCCGACUACCUUCAAGCCCAUCGGCGCCGCGGCCGACGCCGAGCUCGCCUCCUUUUUUGCGACCACCGGCACGGCCAAGAAUGGUGACGUCUCGCUCGCCGACCCCGCCGUCGAAAUCGGUUUCACGUGCGGCGGCGGCACCCCACUGCAGCCGCUCACCGAACCUGUGUGGCGCGCGGAGCCAACACAGCCGCUCGCCGAGCUCUGCGUCUCUGAGGAUCCGAUCAAGGCCUCGGGCUUCACGACUGAGGAGGCGGGCUUCACGGCCGCCACGGCUCACUCCAAGAUCGAGGCCGACGAGACGGUCAUAAAGGUGUGCAAGACAGAGUGCGGCGCCGCUGCCGCCGUUGCGUGGCAUGCGCAGCCUUACCACAAGCCGCCACUCACCGACGAGCUCUACAAGACCGAUGAGCAAUCCCUUACCUCCCCGUUCCACUUUCCCUUCAUGAGCGGACCCUCUUCCGCGCCUGUCCGCACCCAGCAGCGCUGUCAGUUUUGGGCCGCCUUGUUCGUGCUGCUCGGAGCGUGCGGCGGCGUGCUGCUCUCGGUGCGGAGGAGCAGCUCGGGGCGCCUCGUGCGGUGCCGGACGGGGGCGAGGCGUGGCGCGUGGCUGCUGAUUCUCGCCGCGCUGCUCCCGCUGGCAUGUGCACCAUCAGCCCACACGUCUGGCUCGGGCGACUUCCAGGUCACUGUGGGAGGCGGCAGCUAUCCGUCCGAGGUGUCGUGGACCCUGACGUGCAGCGGCGCGUUGAUCGGCAGUGGAGGGGCCCCCUACUCCGGCACUCUGUCCGCGCCGCCCGGCGAGUGCACGCUCAACAUGUACGACUCGUACGGCGACGGCUGGAACGGCGUCGAGUGGAAGGGUGCGGGCUAUACGUUCACGCUCGGCUCCGGAUCCUACGGCAGCGAGACGUUCAUCCUCGCCCCCCUCCCUCCCGAGGCUAAGCUCCGCUCCCUGAUCGCGGAGGCUGCUGUUUCGCAAGCCGACGUCUCAAUCUACCUGCCGCCCAGUGCGGACUUCAAGCUUCUCAGCCAGAUCAGUUGCGGCUCCGACAUCAAGGUGACCGUCGCGAGCAGCGGCGAGGGCGCGACGCUCGACGGCCAGAAACAGACCGGGCUCUUUUACCUCUCGGGCGGCUGCAGCCUCACCCUGCGGGGGCUGACCCUCGUCAACGGGAGGACGGACAACGGCGGCGUUGUGUACGCUUACCAGGCAGGCGACGUCGAGAUCAUCGACUCGACGGUCAGAGACUGCUCUGCUGGCAAUCACGGCGGCGUCGUCUGGGCGAGGUACAGCGGUGCGGUCUCGCUAAUCGGCUCGAAUCUGACGAGCUGCUCUGCUGGCUCUAUCGGCGGCGUCGUCUACGCGGAGGGCAGCGGUGCGGUCUCGAUCAUCGACUUAGAUGUGUCGGACUGCUCUGCUUCUUAUAUCGGCGGCGUCGUCUACGCGUAUGACAGCGGUGCGGUCUCGAUCAUCAACUCGGAUGUGUCGGGCUGCUCUGCUGGCAAUAACGGCGGCGUCGUCUUCGCGUCUAACAGUGAGUCCCUUUCCAUCGCGGUUGUCGACUUCAUCGACAACAGAGCGGCGAUCUCAGCCUCGGUGCUGUACCUUUCAAACACGCCCUCCUCGAUCAGCGACGCCUCCUUCACCGGCAACACCGCUGGCGACGACAACGACGGUGCCACGAUAGAGACAGUCAACUCUGCGAUAGACUGGGACUGCCGCUUGGGCAGCUGGAUGCCGCGCAAGGGCUCCUUUUUUGGCGACUUCAGCAUCUGCACCGUCCUGUCGUCCACCUACUCCGCGCGGCUGCCGCCAGAGUACACGGGCUGGACGGACAAGCUGGCCAAUGCGAUCUCCAUUGACUGGUCUGGCUUUUUCCUGCCGGAGCAGUGCCUCGGCUACGCUCUGCGGCUCCUCGCCAUCGCCCUCUCCCCCGCGGCCCUUGGCCUCCUCGACCUCACGCCGGCGGGCCUGGCCUACACCAUCUCUCCGCCAAACGAGCCCCUGCGGCAGGUCUCCUACAUGCGGCAGGACGCGAGCGUCGAGUGCGGCACCGAGGAUCACGAGUCCAUCACCGACGUCGCCACCGGCUUCAUCGUCCUCUGGCCCGCCGGCUCGCUGGUCCUCUUCACGUCGCUCCUCGCCGCCUGCUACAAGCCGCUGCAGGCCAAGACGCCGAAUGCUCUGACGCGGGCCACCGCAUUCCUCCACCGGGAGUACGAGAAGACCUGGUACUGGUGGGAGGUGGUCGAGCUGGCGCGCAAGCUCGUGCUGACCGGCUUCGUGCUGCUGAUACCGGAGGAGCGAGCCUUUGUUCGCCUCGUGGUGGCGACCCUAGUCUGCUCAUGCUACGCCGUCGCGCUCGCCGUCGUGCGGCCAUACAAGCGGGUCGAGGACAACGUGCUAGCCGUCGCCACGAGUCUCGUGCUCCUCCUGCUCUUCCUCGGCGCCAACUGGAGCACCAUAUUCCUGAGCAUCGAGGAGAGGCACCCCGACACAGCGGAGGCCGCCGCUGUCCUCGGGUUCGGCAAGCUCAAUGUGAUUGUCAACUCGAUGAUCAUCCUCGUUGCAGUCGUGCUCGCCUUCUUCCUCGUCGGCGCCAUCGCCGCCGCCCACCGCGUCGCCAAGCUCCCCACGAUCCGCCUCGUCUCGACCAAGCAGCCCCCCGAGCUGAGCAUCGGGACCGGCCUCACGUGGCACCUCUUCAACAGCCACAUCUGGUCGACCGGUCAAGACGCCGUAAAGGUCAUCAAGGGCGAGCUCCAGCAGCUGCUGCCGGACAUCAAAGUAGAUGAUCUUAAGGAUAUCGGGGCGCUCGAGGAGUACAUCCAACGCUCGCAAGCCAUCCUCUUCUUCCUCUCGCAGGGCUACUUCCGCUCUAAGGCGCGCCUGUCCCCUCCCGUCUCUGCCGGCACUCUGGCCCUACCUCCCGCCUCUCCCGCGCCACAGAACUGCCUCCGAGAGGUCCGCUCGUCGCUCGAGAAGGACAAGCCGCUCGUCCUCGUCCAAGAAGCGGACCCUGAAAAGGGCGGCGGGACGCUGCAGGCGCUGCGCGACGAGUGCCCCGAGGACCUGCAGCCGGCCAUCUUUGACAAGGACUGGCCGCUCACGAUCUGGUAUCGCAUCGAUGAGUUUCAGCUCGUCUCCCUCAAAAUCAUCGCCGAGGCGCCCCCGGCCGCAGCCACCCGCUCCGCAGCGGUGCUCCUCUGUUCGCCCAACUUUCUGGACAAGACCUCCCUCCCGCUCUGCGUGUCGGGCGAGCUCGAGAGCCAGUCGCUCGCCUUUUCCAAACCGUGCACGCUCUGGGCCUCGCCAGCCAACCCGGGCGCCGCAGAGCUGGCUCACGAGCUUGCCGGGGCCUUUCCCGGCCUCACCGUCUCUACCGUUGCGGACGUUGGCUCUUCUGCAUCAGCGCGCCCCUCCAUGGCACCUCGCGGGUUGGCACGCCGAACGCGCCGCGCCGGCGAUGUGACCCACAUGCUUCUCUACCUCAAUCAGAAUACCUGGUUAGAGGACGACGGCGAGCGGCUGGCCGAGCAGGUCAAGCAGGCGCGCGAGGACAAGCUGAAGAUCGUCAUGGCGCACGAGAACGACCCCGCGCUCGGCGGCUGCGCGUUUGACAGAAUGUUCGAAGUGUCGCUCGUGCUUCUGGCAAAGAGCCUAGGCGCGACCCCCGCUCGGUCGCGGGCGGACCUCCUCGUUUCGGGCAGCGUCGCUGAGGGCAGCACCAGCCUCGCGAAGCGCAGCUUUGGCGGCCUCAGCCGGGUGUUCGCCAAGAUGAGCAGCCGCAGCUCUGCGGAGGCGCGCGACGUCUCUGGAGGCGAGGCGUCGUCGGUGCAGCGGCAGGUCUGA